AUGACCGUUACAGAAUCACCAACAUCGUCUCCAUCAAGCAAGGAAGACCAAUCCUGUUCUCCUCCAAUUGAAAGGGAUUCUUCUACUUUCAGCAAAGUGUUGGCCAUAUAUUCAAGGAAUCCAUUGACAAAUUCGCUUUACGACAUUAGUGAAAAGAAUUCUAUUGUGGUAUCCAAACACUGGAAUGAUUUUGUUAAUAUUUUGGAAACUGUGGAACCUCAUCGUGGCACACAGUCAGUUAAAGUUAUCGAGUAUGAUCUUCCAGAAAAUAUAGCAGAUGUUUUCACAAAUGGAAUGGGUGUACCAAUUAGAGUUUCUGAAUUUCAAAAGGAUGAUGAAGUUCAAACGAGAGGUUGUGUUUCUAUUAUUGAUGACAAUGAAGGUAUUUUCAAUGAUUGGUUUAUUUUCCAUAUUUUAGAUCAAUCUCGUUUGAAAUAUAAUGAAAAACCUAUAAUUAAGACAGGAGUUGCAUAUCAUGAAUUAUUUGCUGAGUAUUUUGCUGCUAAUUUGAAGAAUACUACCAAGGAUGAUUUGUGGGAACUUGAAGGUCGUGAUUUUUUCAUUGAAAAAGUCAAAUAUUUUACUGAUCGUCAAUUAAGAAUUGAAUGUAUCUUGCCCGCAUUCCCAUGUAAAUCAUCCAAUUUGGAUAAAGUUAAUAGUACAUUACCUGAUAAGGGUGAAGAAUUGGCCCUGAAAAGAUUAAUUAAAUGUGUUUGUGAUUUCCAGGAAAUUUAUUCACCUGGUAUUAAGUUUUGGAUUGUUAGUGAUGGGCAUGUUUUUUCGGAUUGUAUUGGUGUAGAUGAUGAUACUGUUAAUUCAUAUACAGAAAACUUACAUGCACUUUAUAAGAAUAUUAUUGCUAAAUCUUAUCCUAAUAUGGACACUGAUUACAUUGGAUUUUGUGGAUUGAAUGAUAUUUUUUUCACUGGUGAAGCUGCUGAUCAAUUUAAUGCAAGAUGGGUUCAAGAUACUGAAGUUUUACAUUAUACAGGUACUAAGAUUUGUCCUCAAUCUGAUCUUUCGAGACAAAUUUUAAUGAAAGGUUGUGAUACUGAUGAUGGUCGUUUAAGACAUGACAUUUCACUUCCUAAUCAUCCCAGGUUAUUCCUUUAUAGAGGUUUCUCUAAAUUUAUGAUGGAAGAUCUAAAAUCAUUAGAUUGUUUCCGUGAUUGUUCCAAGAAGAAAUUUAAAAAGACCAUAUCUAAGAUUGCUUUUAAUAUGAUUAGAAGGAAUGAUGCGUAUUCCAAUCUUGUGGAAUUAAUGUUCCCACAUCACUUGAGAAUUUCCAUUCAUGCUCAUAAGAAUAAUGGACCUAAAUUUGGCAUUCGAGUUAUUUCACAAGAUCAAUGUGGGAUCAUCAAAGAAUUAUCAGAUGAUACUGUGACUGGUAAGAAUUCCGAGCCUCAAUUUGAAGAUUUAUUACAUAUUCCUACACCAUGGCAUAAUUGUGUCACUAAAGUUAUUGAGAAGAAUCAUGAUGAAAAGGGGACGAGUUAUGAGGAGAAAUUCGUUUUGUGUAAAUCCAAAAUCAUCAAAGAUGCUCUUGAAAAAGGGCUUUAUGAUGGUAGAUGGAAUGAUACAAGCGUGGAAGAAGGUCAAGGUGGACAUUUUGUUAUUCAAAAGUUACCCUCUAAGGCGGGAUGUUCUUAG